AGGUUUCAAGUUACAGCUAACCAUGUAUAUGUUCUCUAUUCACCAAGCUGCAAAACUGUUCCUGAUAUUGCCUUUGCUGUUGAGCAAGAUUUUGUGAGGUUACAAUGACUUGGAGAGAAAAGUACAAUAAUGAACAACCAGGCACAUCUGAUGAACAGGAUGAAGUGAGUGAACCAUCACAGUGUGAAUCAGCAGAAACUGAGGAAACAACUGACGCAAACUCUUCGGAAAAUAAGAGAACAGAUAGUAUUGAAGUUGAAGAUGAAACGGUCAGGAAACUUUACGAGCUGAAGUUAGCAGAUAAUACGAAGAAGCCAACAAGUAAGAAACUGUUAGGUCUCCGGAGUAGGAUCGAGAAUGUUGGUAAAAGUAUCUUUGAAAAGACGUUACAUCACAAAGGGAACUUUCUUAAAGUUAGACCAACCAUGAUACCGCCAAUCCCUAAUUCAACCUUCAUUGAUAAAUUUCCAGAUGGCAUGACAUUAGAGGGGCUAAAUUUAGCAGAAAAAGAACUCCAAGAUGGCUAUGAGGCGGAAGUGAAGCUAUAUAGACAUUUGGAAGAUCUGCCGGAACCUGCUUUGGUCUUUCAUGGAGUAGAAUAUACUCACGACCAAUGUUCAGCUUUUUUGCCAAAUCAUUUUUGCUCAAAUAUGAAAUGUUCAAAGGACAUAAAACCUCAUCCUUGUCAUAAAGUGUCUAAGGAAGUGGAAGGCGAAUGUGAUUUUAUUCUGAUAGGGGAUAAUUAUGUUGCAUUAUUCGAGGUUAAGGGUCUCCAUUUUACAGACAAGUCUGAUCCCUACAAUGCAGUACGAUUUCAAGGAUCUUGUGAAGAUGCAUUGAGACAAAUCAAAAGAAUCGAGGAGUUCAUUAAGGGUGUCUGUAAUGAUGUUCAGAUUCUGAAAUUUAUUGUCUUCAGUAACUUAUGUUAUGAAGAAUGCAUCCCCUUAAUCGGGGAAGAGAGUGACAGCUCAAAAAUAUUCCGCAAUAGUUUGGUGUUUAGUGAUGAUUUAGAUAGUUUUAACCCAUGGUUUGACUUAAAAGUAACACAAAAUUUGAGUAGGGUCGAGUUGGAUUUAAGUCUUCUAAAAGAAGUUCUCCUAGGUGUUUGUUGUUUUGAUAUAGAUAAUAGGUAUGAUAUUGAAUCUUGCAGCUUGAAAAACCGUGUUAUGGGCAUUGACGAAAAACUAAGAGGAGCUCUUGUGACCAGGCGAGCCGUUGAUCAGGAAAGAUUGAAGCAAAAAGCAAACUCUGGAAAAAAGAUGGCAUGCAAGAAAAGGAAGAUUAGGAAAUAUCCUUCAAAUCCUAGAAUAAUUGAUGCACCUGAAUUGCUUAGGGCUCAUCUCAACAUUAAAUGUCUUUCAAAACAACAGAUUGAAAUACUCGACUGUGACGACAAGUUUGUUUGGAUAGAUGGCUCUGCCGGUUCAGGCAAAUCCAUUGUUAUGCUUGGUAAAAUACUGCAAAUUGCCCUUAACACCAAUGAUAGGAAAGAUAAAGUUAUAAUCAUGGUUCCAGAUUAUUUGGAAUCAUGUGCAUCUAGUUACGAAAAUUAUUGUCACCUUUUGAACGGCAUAAAGCCUGGUUUGUGUGGAACUAUGAGUCUGGAACAUUGGUCGGAAGUGGAAUCUCGGGACAUUGAUUAUAGAAACAGAGCAUCCAUGAUAAAGGAGUGUUCGAAUAAUGUUAUUCUAUUAAAUUCUGGCACGCCUCCAUACAAAUCAAAACGCCACCAAAAGAACCACCUUGAUGCCAUCAGAAUGAUUAGUGAACUUUGUAAUAUUGGUGGAUCGUAUUUUGUAUUUUUUGAUGACUUUCAAGUUGGUUGUCUGCAUUCGUAUUUAGCUCAAGUUUUGGAACCCAUCGACAAUAAUUUUCCUAAUAUCGAAGAACCUAUCAGGAAACUGAAAAAUCUCUCUAAAGAUAACGACUGCUCUGUUUGGAUAGCCAGCGACAUCGUACAACAGAUUGAUCAGAAUUUCUUAAAAUCGACAUCUUUUGCGGAAAUAUUUUCUGUCAUCAGUGAUCGGGUGAAAGUUUUAUCAAUAAACUUUCGUAAUUCUCGUGAAAUCUCUGAAAUAUCUCAUUUAAUCAGGAGAAAAUACUUCAACUUUUCACAUACUGUAAAUGAGUUUGGAACAAGCUUUGUUGAAGAAGUUGAAUCAGGACACUUUAUCAGAGGUACCAAGCCUAAAAUUUUUAUUGUCAAAUCAGAUGGCUUUAAAGUCGACGCAAACAAACUUAAGAUCUUGUUGACAAAUGAACUGUUGAAAGUUGCAGAAAACAACAGAUCAGUCUUUAAACCGACUGAAAUCGCCAUUUUGUGCACACUAGAUCAGAGACAGUAUGAAAAUACAAUACUCGAUGUCCUCAAUGAAACUGGAUUUUGGAGAUCUGAGGAGGUCAAUGUCAUGAUUAGAGACCCAUUUUCUUGUCAUUCACUAGAAUGGCCAGUUGUUGUAGCUCUUCUGGGAUACGAUAUUGAUUUACAUUCGACGACAGACUUUUCUAUCGGUCAGUUGGAAUUUCUAACAGCCUUCUAUCUAACCCUGUCUCGUGCUACAGUUCACUUUUCUGCUGUAAUAAACGUUAGUGGAAGUCUAGAUCAAGAUAGUAAUGUGUCUUUCUUUAACCUCCUCUCUGAAAUAGAGUCAGUUUCUUCUGGUACUGUUAAUUUUGUUACUGAGGAAGUAGAGAUAUCGCCCAUGUCUGAGUUGAGCUUUACAGAGUGGUUAGUAUUAUAAGGAGUUUGCUGAUCUAUUUAAGUUUUUAUCAUCUAAGUCAUUUUUACUGAGUCAUUUUUAGAAUAUACCGACCUAUUUUAUAGCUUUUAAUCAUGAUUCUAUCUUAAAAGUUCUGAAGGUUUUAUUUUUUACUUUCUUAAUUAGGCAUAAUAUCAUGUUAACUUGCUUUUAAACACUAUUAAGAUUAUUUUGUGAUCUACAUUUGUGGAUUGGACAUGCUCUAACAGUUUAUUAUGGCCAGUAAAGAAAAGGGAACUUAAAAACAUACAAAGUAUGUAUUUCAAGAAAACUAUUCAUUAUUAACAACCGUUGAGCUUAAGCUCUCUCUGCAUUUAAUUUUAAUUUGAUCUGAUCAAUCUUUCGGCAGUAUCGAAUAAGCACGACACGAUAGUAAAAUUCUGCUAUUUCGUGCUAUUUUCGCUUAACCUUAACCAUAAUACUAGUCCAAUACGUGAUAUUGGAAUUUCACCAAGACUACUAGAUAUUGAAUUGAAAUUAUUGUGUCGGGCUCAUAGGAUAGUUCCAACAUUUCUAAGAAUUAAGAUACAAUAUUUAAUCCGCCAGUACCAGCUUAAUGGAGCUAUGACGUUUCUACUCCUCCUCAUGAAACUUGAAUGAAUUCUAAAUAGUGGUUUAACUAAAUUGUCUUUAUUUUGAUGUUACGGCAUGAAUUCUUUCUCCAUAAUCCAUAUUCUUCAUAUAUUCCCACAUUUCUGCUUUUAAAGAUCACAUCAAAACCCAAAUACUAUGUACUGAUAUAUUUAAAAUCACUGUUAAUUCUAACAAACCAGCUAAAUCAGGGCUAUGUCAUGUCAGGUGCAAGCAGCGCCGACCUUUCUGUGGUACUGAAACAACUAUCUGAAGAAUGCAGGGAGGAAUGUGAUGUUGAUCAGAUAGCAGCAGCCCUCCCGGAGGAUCUUCUAGAAGAGUCGGAUCUGACAGUUAGUUUAGAAGAUGAGGGAGAGGGAGGUGAAGUUGAGAACUUGCUUAUCCAUGGUUACAAGAGUGAAAUAAAGUGGUCCUUGAAGGACUACAGACCUCCCAGAUACACCUACGUUCGAUACAGAGUUCCCAGUAUGAUACGAGAGGAAGUGCUACAAUCUAACAGGGUGCGACGUGUUAUCUCCAUGUUGUGUAAAGAGACAGGGAGAUCAAAGGAUCAGCUAGAUAAGGAAGCUACAGAUAUCCUGGAGGAGAUGGGACAUGAGUUCAGCAUGACUAUCCUUAGAUUCCUUGGCGGUCUCAUUAGAAAGGUUUUCAAGCAGAUAAUAACAGACGUAACAGUUCACACAGAAGGUAUAAAAGAACUAAGAAGACUAAGUUCUCAGAAACCUCUACUCCUCAUACCCACUCACCGGUCCUACCUGGACUUUAUACUGGUCACGUGGUUACUCUAUAGUUACGAUAUCAAGACUCCUGUUAUUGCUGCUGGCCAGGACUUCAUGUUCAUGAAGGGGGUAGGAAUGCUACUGCGGCGCUGUGGCGCAUACUUCAUCCGCCGCUCAUUUGGUAAAGAUAAGCUGUACUGGGCUCUGUUCACGGAGUACACUCAAACACACAUCAUUAACGGCGAUGCACCUGUUGAGUUCUUUAUAGAGGGUACUCGCAGUAGAACAGGUAAAAGCUUGCAGCCCAAGUUUGGUAUGCUGACUAUCGCCCUGGAACCAUUCUUUGACGCCAGAGUCUCAGACGUGGCUAUCUGUCCCAUAACAUUGAGCUACGAGAAAACAGUGGAGGAGAACCUACAUGUCAGAGAGAUGAUGGGUAUACCCAAACCAAAGGAGAGUACCACUGGUCUGAUUAAAGCUAGAGCUAUACUUGAUAACAACUACGGUAGAAUCCAUGUUAAAGCUGGGCAGAUUAUAUCGGUCUACGAAGCAGCGGUUGGAAAGGUGGACAGGAAGCUGAGAGCAGUUGUACCACGUGCUAUUAUACCCUCAGUACACCCUCACGAGCGUACAUUUGUCAACGAGUUGGCGUACCGUAUACUUCUAGAACAACAGGCUAACGCUGUCGUGUUUCCUUGUUCUGUUCUAGCUGCUGUGUUGCUCCUACAUAUAAAGAAGAAGGUCUGGAGUCUGGACUUGUGCAAGGCAGAAAGUGAACUUAUGUGGGCAUGUGACCUGCUGAUAAAGAUGGGUUGUAACCUCGUCUGGGACAGGAAACAAAGCUGCAUGGAUCACGUGAUUAGGAUGUUGUCUCCUGUUGUGUACUGUGAAGAAGGUCACGUGAUCGUUCACAAAACCCCUCCCACUGCUGUUUAUCUCAGUAGUUCUGUGUUUAAGCAGUGCAAUUCUCUUAUCAGCUUGGGGAGGAGACGUAACGAGUUUAUGCACAGCCUAAUACACGUGGCAAUGCUUGCUAAAAUACUUUUCCACCCCAAAUCAAAGGAACGAACCCUGGAACAGUAUCAGAGACUGCGUGACAUCAUGCAGUACGAAUUCGUUUUCAUGCCCGACUCAGCUCCGGCUGACUUCGACAAAGCAACUAAACAACUAAUUAACCUAGAUUUAGUGAAACUAACUGAUAAUGUUUAUAAAUUUGUAGACAUGGAAGUAAAAGAUUUCCUAGUUUCAUUGAUCGAUCCCUUCCUCAUUACUUACAUGGAUUCUUGGCAGUUUUGUAUUUCAUACAUGCCUAGAACACUUCAGCAUAGUCAGAGUUUGAAGAAUCUGUGUAAAAGAAUUCAAACAUACAUAUCAGUCUUGUAUUGUGAACCGUAUCUGUACGGGGAAUCAAUUAAUCUUAAUGUCAUCGAAAACUCUAUUCUUGUUCUUGCUAAACUGUCACUUGUUAGUCUUGAUAAAGGCAAAACUCAAGUUUUUUGCGUUGACCCAUUCCUCUUUUCUAAUACUAUAAGGGAAUUCGCUUUGACGAUUCAUCCUAUGACAUCUAAAUUGUAAGUGUUAAGUUUUUGAUGCAUUUUAUAGCUAAUUGUAUAUUAUGUGGGUUAUUGAAUUUGAUUGUUUCGCCUAAUAUAAACUCAUGGUUAACAGAGAUUUUUGAAGUAAUUUGUAUUUUAUUGGUUGCAUUUAGUCUUGAAAUCUUGAUUAAAACAACGGCUUUAAAUAACUAAGCUAAUGUUUUAAUUUCUUUUAUGUGUUGAAUUUGUAUCAUAUUUUGGGUGUAAUUUAAACUUUUUGUGAGAUUAUCCUGUACAUUUAGGUGCAGCCUUAUUGAAGUGUUUGGCGUUGUUUUCAUUUCUAGUUUUUUUGUUGCUCCAUCCACGAAAAUUGAUGUUAUAUUUUGGGGCAGUCUCAAUUUAAGGAUACUGUAAACGUUGCACGCACUACUCCUCGCAUAAUCAAAUUAAAUUAGCCAGUUUAAUCUAUACUGUGCGCGGCUUUACGCGCGCCUCCUAUCUUACUUCAUUGUUUAUUUUAUUUCUUUCUGCACGGCAGUAGAGUCUCUGCUACAAAUUUGAUGACUAACUUUAAUUUUGAAUUAUGUGAUACUAACUUUAUCAUAUUUUCAU